UGGUCUGAGCACGCGCCGCCCGUGGGGGGGCGGUUGCCAGGCGACGGCGUCCGCAGCACGGCCUGAGGCGCCGGCGCGGCCCGGUUCGGGUCUGACGGGAGAGGCCGAGGGGAAAGCGGGAGCGCGGCGCCGAGGGUUGCGGGGCUGCGGUGGAGGAAGCCGGGGCACACCGGGGCAGGGAGCCGGGGCACACCGCGGGGGGAACCGCGGCCCCCCCGCCCCCGCUCUCCCCGCCCGGGCCGGGGCCGCGCGCGCAGCGAGAGGCGGUCGCGCGCGCACGCGGCGGCCAGGGAGAGUGUCGCCCCCUAGCGGCGGCUCUGGCCCCCUCAGACGUGUGUCUGCGGGUUCGAGCCCCGGCGCUGCCCGGUGGCACCGGGGACUGUGGGCUGCGGUUAAUCUCGGGCUCUGCCGCUGCACUGGGUCCGGGAGAAGCGACCAUGUCCAUCGCCUCCUCCAACACCACCAUGAGGGUGCCCGCCGGCUUCCGGAACCUGCUGGAGGGGCUGGCACGGGAAGUGCUGCGGGAGCAGCCCACCAACGUGGUGGCCUUUGCAGCUCAGCACUUCCAAAAGCUGCUGGAGCAGAGAGAGGCUGGUGGCAUUGACCCGGUGGCGUGGGGAGCCAUGCUGGAGGACGACCGUCUCACCUGGCCCCCUUCCCAGGAGGCCAAGGACACGGAGGGGCAGCAGGCAGCACCAGGGGGAGCAGGCAGCAUGCACAGCUCCAGAUCACCGUGAAUCCGCCCCAAAAUGCGUGGAGAGGAGCCAAAGGGGAGCAUGUCCCCGUAACCCUCAUGAACUGGGACAUGUCUCUGGAGAUGCAACUGCAGCACUUGCCCCAAAUCCCCCAUUUCUCACUGUCCAACCCCAAAACUAAAAAAACCCUGUUGGUCCUCCCCUGGCUCCUGCCCUUUUCCCGUGGGUCGGUGCUGCACUCCCAUCCCGCCCCUGCGGUGCUGUUUUAAUUAGGAAUUUUAUUAACGAGGUCCCCGCCGUUAUUAGCGCCGAUCACCUGAGAUUUCUCCCCGAAAAAUCCUGGGUUUGGGGCUGAGCUGAGCACGGGAUGAUAUUUUUAGCCUCUAUAUUUAGGCCCCUGCAUCCCUGGAGGUUGGAAGAAACUUCAUAACAUCCCAGCAUGAAGGAAUGAUGUGACAUUGCUCCUCUUCUACCCCCCCCCAUAAGCUGAGAUACCUCAAUGAAAUUUUGGGGUGCACGCAAGGGCUCGCCAGUCCUAUUCCUACCUGUGAAAUUCAUAUUUUCCCACACAGAGUGGUUUCAAAAUGCCCCCCAAAACAUGGGGUUUGCAUCAAAGCCGGCUGCUCUAUUUUUGGAGAGGCCUGAACCCCCCCAUCCAUGCUCACCCCGUUUUUACCCCCUCUUUCCUGUUUUCCAUCGCCAUAUGUGGUGCUCGCCCACGGCACGGGGCAUGACAGCGGCUCCCCCGGGAAAAACAGGAAGGAGGGAUGGGGGAAAAAAAGCUGGCGGGGACCCCGUGCCGGGGCUGAUGCCAACCAGCUACGUCUUGACCCCCCCUUCCAGCACCGCCUCACCGGCUGCCGGCUCCUGCUUCGGCAGCCGGCAACACUGCCCGCCCAGGGCAUCAUUCCAGCAUCCAAUUCCCUUUUCUUUUAAGGAUUUUUUCCCCUUUUUUUAAAGGAUUUUUUACCACCUCGGUGCCACCAUCUCAAAUCAUGACGGCGGGACGUUCUCAGCAGGUCUCGCCAGCUGCACUCCCCAUUCUCCCCUCCCAAAAUCUGAGUUGUUUCCUUGGAAUUCAAGUUUUGGAGGUGCUGGAGCACCUGAAAAAGCAUCAUCCAGAUGAAGGGGUCCAAAGAGGAAAAAUGCAGAGCCUGGAACAGGCUCAAAACCCGCCAUUAAUGAUUAGAAAUGUUCUGGCAUUUCGCGUCCCUCCUCCGCAGCCACAGCCUGCGGGAGACGGCGGCGCUUGGCGGCUCUGCCAGGACCCGGGUGCCACGGAUGGAGCAGAUUUUGGGGGCUAAUUGAGGGACUAAUCCUAAUUUUGGGGCUAACUUCUCAGAUCCAUGACAGAUGAGUCACCCCGAAAGCCCUUCCCACUUAACUGGCCCAAAACACCCCGUCUUCUCUCUUUGAAGCAGGCAGUGAUGGAUCUGGAGGGUCUAAAAUCCAGGGAAAAGGAUCUCUUCCCAUCAAAAAUCCCAGAAGAGCUGCCAAGGCUUCUCCGGGAAGCUGGAGCGGGGUUUUCUGGAGCAGAGCUAUUCCCAUCCCCACCCCCCCACCCUGGUGUGCUGGUGGGAAGAAGUGAUGAUGGAAAAGUGGCUCCGGGGAAUUUGAGGGAUGCUUGGGAGCAUUUCCCAAGGGGGAAUUUGGGUGCUUGGAUGGUGCUGGGGCAGGGGUGACCCCCAUCAAUCUCUAAGUGUGGGUGAAGCAGUUGAGGGAGGUGGCAGGUGGUGGGAUGUGCCUGGGAUGGGGAGUGGGGCGUCAGGGGACAAGAGGUGCCCCCACCUGCGCCCAGCAGGAGCGGCCUUAGAGAAGGAGAUGGAGAUGGGAUGGGAA